AUGGGGCUUCGCGGGCGAGCGCUGCUAUCAGGGGUGUCCUUAGCGGUGGGAGCUGCGCUGGGAGCAGGUGUGACCGCAUGGAGAAAGCGGGAUGAGGCGGCCAAUGCUGGAGUGCUACGUAUCCCGGCUGUCCAGGCUUCCACUCAGCUGGCCCUCCCCCCAUCCGCCGGACUCACACGCUUUGGUCUCCCCGGGCUGAGCCAAUUAAAGACUCGCGAGUCUCACGUGUUGAGCUACGACCCCCGGCUCCGAGGCCCGGCCUGGGUACUGGAACACCUGACCCCGGACAGGCUGAAGGGCAGCGCCGAGCGCAAGGACUGCGAGUUCCAGGAGGACGUGUCUGUGCAUCACUAUCACCGCUCCACCAACUCCGACUAUAAGGGCAGCGGCUUCGACAGAGGACACCUGGCAGCGGCAGCCAAUCACAAGUGGAGCCAGAAAGCCAUGGAGGACACCUUCAUGCUGACCAAUGUCUAUCCGCAGAAUCCUCACCUAAAUCAGAAAGCCUGGAAUAACCUGGAGAAAUAUUGCCGCGGUCUAACGAAGAGUAACAAGAAUGUGUAUGUGUGUACUGGGCCCCUAUUUUUACCCAGGAGGGAGCCAGAUGGGAACAUGUAUGUUAAGUACCAAGUCAUUGGAUCAAAUAAUGUGGCUGUCCCAACGCACUUCUUCAAAGUGGUGGUGCUGGAAAAGUUCAGCGGAGAGAUAGAGCUGCGCUCAUAUGUCAUGCCCAACCAUCCUGUAGAUGAACAGACUCCACUGGAUCGCUUCCUUGUGUCUAUAGAAAGCAUUGAGAGAUCUGCUGGACUGCUCUUCGUCCCUAAUAUUCUUAAGAACACUAGUAAUUUAAAAGCCAUCACUGCUGGUAGAUAGUGACUACAGACUGGAGCAAGUUACAUUCCCACUUUGGGUUGGAAUUUUCCCAGCAGUGAUAUAUUUAUAAAUACAUAUAUAUUUUUUUUACAAAGCCUUUGCAGGGCAACUGUACUGUAGGCCCCUUUUAAAAGGAAUGGGUUAUACCACCUUAUAUCCCAUUAACCCAGACAAUACAUCUUUCCACAGACUGUUUGUACGGGGUGUAGUAUAUAAAAAUAAAAUGCAGCAAGACCAUCCAAGACAGCUGUUAAUAAACCGGUAUUUCAUUGA